GUUGGAUUUUUAGGGGAAUUUAAAGAAAAGGAAGAGCCUGUAGGAGAAAGUUAAACCUAAGUGACGAUAUCCGGAGUGUUGAAGAGCCAGGCUCCAAUGGAUGUGGUAGAGGGAAAGCAGUCGGCAGUUGUGUAUUUCAGUGGGACGAGCAAGUGGUAUGAGGUGUGGUAUCGAUUCGAUCCGAAUGCAGAGGUGGUGGCUGAAAAUACAAAUAUUGAACCUGUUGCACGGAUGUGUUCCCAACGUGAAAUUCAGGGAGGUUGGGCCGUUACUGAUAAAGAAGACAUCUACUGGGCUGGAGGAUUGGAUCUCGAACGACUAGGCUCGAUAACUUCCAAGCAAUUGUUCAAACAUAUACCUCAGUGUAAUACUAAUCGAUGGCUUAAUGAAUCUGAUUCCAGGAAGCUUCCCCGCCUCACCCCCUUUAUCCAACCCCUUGAUAGAAAGCUCUAUGUUGUUACGACCUCGACAAAAAGACUUGGGAAUACCUGAAUGCUGAUUUCCAGCCUUUUAACAACAACAAGGACUAUAAGGCUGCUGUUGGGAUAAAAGAUGGUUUUUUAAAACUUGUUUGACCCUGCUUCUAUUAUAUUUUUAGAUUUAACUAGUGCUGAAAUCCUCCGCCAGGACGACCAUCCCUCCUUUUCUUUGUGGGGAUCCACAGACGGAAAUCAGAAUGAAGUUGAUAGUACCAUACUAGACUAUGUUUCUGGCCAUACGACUGCAGUGUUCCAUGAGGAUACAUUCUAUUGGUUCACUUAUGACCUGCAAUUGCAUGGAUAUGAUAUUAAUCUUAAAACAUGGUUCCGCUCACCAAGUCUUAUAACACAAUUCCCCUCAGUUGAACUAGAUGAAGAUCCUUUUUUCCCCGUUUUGGUUGAUCUCCAUAAUGGAAAAUUCUUGGUGGUUAUUAAUGAUUAUCCUGGACGAUUAACAAUUGCCUCCCUUGUGGUAGCCAAGGUCAUUCCCGGAAGCUCUUUACAAGUCUCCGUGGAGAAUGUUCAAAUUCUAUCCUGUGACGAUUCUUUUUUUCUCGAAGAUGGGAGGCCAGUAAUGGCAGUUCAAGUCAACAAAGAGCGCAUUAGGGUUGAAGAGCCUCCAAUGGAUCUGGUAGAGGGAAGGCAGUCGGCAGUUGUGUAUUUCAGUGGGAUGAUAGAUGGGUUUCGGGUGUGGUAUCGAUUCAAUCCGAAUGCAGAGGCGGGUAAAAUAAAAAAUAUUGAACCUGUUGCACAGUUGUAUUCCGAUCGUGAAAUUCAGGGAGGUUGGGCUGUUACUGAUGAAGAUGAUCUCUACUGGGCUGGAGGAUUGGAUCUCGGAUCUGAACCACCGACGUCUUCCAAGCUAUUGCUCAAACAUAGUCCUAUCUUGCUUUCCCCUAGACGAUGGCUUCAGGAAUCUGAUUCCAGGAAGCUUCCCCGCGUCACCCCCUUCAUCCAACCCCUUGAUAGAAAGCUCUAUGUUGUGGCCGGAAGCCAGCACCGCUAUUCCGCAUCAUCAGAUUGGACCAAGUGUGGUGAAGUUUACGACCUCGACAAAAAGACUUGGGAAUACCUGAAUGCCCAUUUCCAGCCCUUUAACAACAAGGACUAUCAGGCUGCUGUUGGGCUUAAAGAUGGUACAAAGAUGGGUUUUUAUAACUUGUCUGACCCUGCUUCUAUUCUAUUUUUGGAUUUAACUAGUGCUAAAAUCCACCAUGAAGACCAUCCCUCCUUUUCUUUGGGUAUCAAAAGUUUGAUCACACUAUCCCAUGUUUCUGCCCGUAUGCCUGCAGUGUUCCGUGAGGAUACAUUCUAUUGGUUCACUUAUGACCUGCAAUUGCAUGGAUAUGAUUUUAAUCUUAAAACAUGGUUCCACUCACCAAGUCUUAUAACCCUAUUUCCCCCACUUAAACUAGAUGAUCCUUUUUCCCCCAUUUUGGUUGAUCUCCAUAAUGGAAAACUCUUGGUGGUUAUUGUUGAUCAUCCUGGAUGAUUAACAAUUGCCUCCCUUGUGGUGCGCAAGGUCAUUUUCGGAAGCUCUUCAUGUUUAACCGUCUCCGUGGAGAAUGUUCAAACUCUAUCCUGUGACGAUUCUUUUAUUCCUACAGACGGGAGGCCAGAUGUACGUCUCGUGGCCACGAGAAAAAUAGAGGCUCAUCAAGAAGCAGGGAGAAGGGGAGGGAGAAAGGGUGUGAUAAUUAAAGACCGCGACAGGGAUAGCAAUAGAGAUAGAGACAGGAACAAAGUUAAGGAAAUGGACAAAGAUAAAGAUAGAGACAGAGAUAGGGAGGAGGACCGUGAUCAUCAUCACAGAGAUCGUCAUAGGGUUUGGAGUGAUAGGAGGGAGAGGGAGAGGAACAGAGAUCGAGAUGAAGAUGUUAUUCAUCGAACUCGAGAUUACGAUAGGCGUAGGGGUCGGAGUGAUAGGAGGGAGAGGGAGAGGAACGGCGAUUGAGAUGAAGAUGUUAUUCAUCGAACUCGAGAUUACGAUAGGCGUAGAAACGAAGAUAAAGAUAGAGAGGACCGACAGAGAUAUAAGCCUCGCUCUAGGGGUAGAUCCGAGCAUAGAUCAAGGUCUCACGGUCGACAUCUAAGAGGCAUACCAUAGAGAUUUACUGGAGCAAAGGGCUCACAUGACAGUUGUGAGAAGUCAUCCUCCACCCGCUUUGGUUAGUGAUAGUUCUUCUAGUAAACCUCCAGUGAGGAGACCUCAAAAGCGCGGAAGAGGUGAAAGGAAGUCUAAUUCAAGGCGGCAUUGGAAAGCUGGGGCUGGAAAUAAGGGAAGCAGUGCAACAUUUUGAUUUUCUUGUCCUCCCCCUUUUCUCCCCUUCCAUUUUUGGCUGCAAAAAGAAGAGAAUCCAGUUUUUUCAACCUAUUUGUUCCUUACUAUUUAGCUAAGUUAGGACAAUUUUGUUAGGUACUUGUCAAAUGGGCGAAGAAAGAAAUUAGUUUUACUUUUGUUUGAGGUUGUGAAUAUCAAUUCAAUUAACAUUGUAGAUAUCACUAAUUGAAGCAAUAGUUGGUCAA